AUUGUAUCCAUCUCCUUUGCGAAAAAUAUUAAUUUAAAAUUGUGGAAACUGCCAGCGUCGAAAAAAUCAUGCUUUUGGCCGGAAAAUUCAAUCAAUACGAAGGAAAUGAAGAAGCUGGAAGCACAAAGACGAAACUAAUCUACGUAUUCCCCAGAUUUUAUCCUGCACGGAUCCAAUCUUAAUCUCAGUUCCCCAGUUGCUUCGUCUUUCACAAAGUACUUGGGUCGAUCAAUUUCAAUUUUCAGUUUUCUUCUGAUUUGGGGAUUUCGCCGUCCUUGGAUCUGCAUCAAAUUGGUGUGAGUAUCCGUCUCCGAUCGAAUCUGUUUGAAUUUUAUUGGAUUACUGUUCUCAAUCCGGGCUCGAUUUGGUUUUGGUUUUUUUGGUUGUGGUUCUAAUGAUCAACGGAGAGGAAUCCUCGAGAGUCGCCUCUCUAGAGGAAAUCGGCCGGGAUGCCUCUCCGAGCUCGUCGUUACAUUACUCCUCCUGCGGCGAAUCAGAUUUCGAGCGGUAUUGUAGUGCGAAUUCGGCUAUGGGGACGCCAAGUAUGUGCAGCUCCACAGGACCAUUUCACGAUUCGCUGGAAUCAGAAUUCGGCUCUUUCAAGGGAAGCUUUCUGUCUGGCGAUGCCACCGAGUUUGAGAAUUUCUCCUUGGGACCAAGUCUAAAGCUGUCCUCUUUGGAUAUUACGCGAUUAGGUGAUCGAGGAGGAAUUGGGUUUUCCGACGAGGGUAUGACGACAAAUGGGUAUUAUAAUGAGAGAGUUACUAGCGCAGGCAUCGAGAAUGUGAACACCAACAUGAUCCAAGAAACUGGAUUUAGUGAAGCUAUGUGUGGCGAUUUGAUGGGUGCUAAUGUUUGUGAUGAUGAAGCUACAGCUGAAAUGGAUUCAGUGAACCAGCUGAGUGAUGUGGAUGACAAGGAUUUUUUGUGUGAAUCAGAUUUGCAGUUCCAUGAAAGUGGUCUAGUAGAUAGAGAUGAUGAGCAUUCUGAUGGUGACGACUCAUUUAGUGAUCAUUCUGGUAAAAACAUAUAUUUUCCAGGCAAUUUGCUGCACAAAGAGGAGUCUAAAGCUGAGAACGAUAAUCCUUUUCUCAUCAAUUCUUCCACUGCCUUUGGUACAAAUGAUUGGAAUGAGUUUGAGCUUGAAGCCACGGAGCUUGUUGACACUCGUUUAGAUUUCAGUGGAUUUGAGGAGCGUGAUAAAGGGUGCGCUGAAAGUGAAGGUACAUCCACAAAAUCAUUUUCUGCAGCUUUGAAAAAGCUUCCAGAUGUAGCUCAAGCAGGAAAAGAGUUGGAACAUACAAACGUAACUGUGAGCACUAGACAUGUUUCAGAUGCAGGUGACUUCCGUGAAAAUGUUAAAGAUAUACUUAGAUCUAGCGAUUUGACUGUCUUGAACCAAAGGGAGCAAGGUGGCAUAUCAAGACACAGCAUAACUGUCAGAGGUUCUGAGGACGUGAGUGCUGAAGUCAAAAUCUUGGUGGUUCCGCAGUCACUGGUCACAGAAGAAUCUCUUGGCAACAAGCAAACUGAAGAUAGACCUUUAGUCAUGAAUUACCUUCAGUCUUGUAGCGCUGACGACGUCCUAGAUAUUACACCUAUUGAGUUAGGAAACGAAGAUUCUUCGGGUGCGGUUUGCCACUUAGAUAGCGAUGUUUCUCUUGGACUACUUCAUGAAUCAUCUGAGAAUGCAAAACAGCCAAAUCCAUUUGGAGACUCCACCUCAGAAACGUUGUUGGCAUCUUGGAAUUCUAAUAAGCCGUCAUCUAGAGAUUCUCAUCCUGUGAUAAAUGGCUUACACGUCACUAACAUCCAACCUAAGAAGGAGAACACAGAAGCUAACGACUUGUAUGAUGAUUUUGUUCAUGAUAUGGAAGAAAUACUGCUCGACUCCGGUGAUUCAUCUGGGGCGAGGUAUUCCAAGAGUGACAAGAUGUUCCAGCUACAGCUCUCUCUGCCCAACAGGGAUGGUGGACAAACUGCUACAACUUCUGGUCUAGACGAUUCAUCUCCAGUAGUCUCCCAGCGAUUUAGGAUUGAUAGGGUUGAAGUCGUCGGGGUGAAGCAAAAGAAAGGUGAUGUCUCACUGAGUGAGAGAUUGGUCGGGGUGAAGGAAUACACAGUGUAUGUCAUAAGAGUGUGGAGUGGGAAAGACAAGUGGGAGAUUGAAAGAAGAUAUCGUGACUUUUAUAGUCUCUACCGUCGAUUGACAUCUUUAUUUGCUGAUCAAGGCUGGUCGCUUCCUACACCUUGGGCCUCUGUGGAAAGAGAAUCUAGGAAAAUAUUUGGAACAUCUCCCAGUGCCGUUGCUGAAAGGACUGUCCUUAUUCAAGAUUGUUUAAAUUCAGUUCUUCAGUCUCGGUUUUUUCCCGCGCUUCCAAGUGCUCUGCUUCGGUUUUUGUCCCCUCAAGAUGCAAGUUCCUCUGGGUCUGAUUCUAUAAUGUCUCCAACAGGCCCUGCUGCUGCAAGUAGCUCUUCCUAUGGAAACACCAUCUCGCUCGUUGUUGAUACUCGACCUCACAAAUCAGUAAAGCAGUUGCUAGAAGCUCAGCAUUACAUUUGCGCUGGAUGCCACAUAUACUUUGAUGAUGGAGCCACUCUGGUACGGGACUUUGUGAAAGCUCUUGGAUGGGGUAAACCUCGGCUUUGCGAGUAUACUGGUCAAUUGUUUUGUUCUUCCUGCCAUACAAAUGACAUGGCCGUCCUACCAGCGAGAGUGUUACAUCAUUGGGAUUUCAAUCGUUAUCCAGUUUCUCAAUUGGCAAAAUCAUAUCUGGACUCCACACACGAUCAGCCUAUGCUUUGUGUCAGCGCGGUAAAUCCAUUUCUGUCGUCGAAGGUCCCUGCGCUCAAUCAUAUUAUGAGCAUCCAGAAAAAAAUAACCAUUAUGCUUCCUUAUGUACACUGCUCAUUCUGCAAGACACUCAACAAAGGAAUCAGUACUCGGAGAUACCUUCUUGAGAGCACUGAUUUUUUCGCUUUGAGAGAUCUAAUUGAUCUUUCUAAAGGCCCAUUUGCAGCACUUCCUGCGAUCGUGGAGACCGUUAGAAGGAAAAUCCUGGAGCAUAUUACAGAACAGUGCCUUGUGUGUUGCGACGUGGGGGUUCCUUGUAAUGCCCGACAAGCUUGUGAAGACACAUCCUCUUUAAUAUUUCCGUUCCAGGAAGAUGAUGUUAGCAAAUGCCGAUCGUGCGGUUCGGUUUUCCACAAGAGAUGCUUCUCAAGACUCUCAAACUGCCAUUGCGGAGCACAACUGAAGCCGAACAAGAGCUCUGGAGAGCAGCUGCAAGUGUCGGAGAAGAAAUCAGACUCUGCGUCUGUCUUGCCUCUACGAUUCCUCUCGAGUUUAUUUGGGAAGAUAAAGAAAGACAAAGAAACCACUAUUUUAAUGAGUUCGCUUCCAACCAAUGAUCUAUAGGUCUGAUUCUUUUAUGUAUAUGUACUUGUGUAAAACCCUGUCUUUUGUAAUGUAUGCCUCAGUUUAAUAUACAACCAAUUGUAUUUAUUUAAAUCUAAUUUAUUUUUACGUUUUCUUGUAAAAAGAUAAUAAAAUACGGUCUAGUGAAAUUUUCUUUUACGCAAUAUAA